AGUCUCAGUGAAGGUUUCAUCGACCCUCGUAGUGCGUUGUGCAAGUCCGGCCGGGAAAGGGAAUGAAUUUUUCCCUUCUGCUACUAUUACUUGACCACAUCAUGAAAUCACGACAGCGUAUGUACAAAUAGAAUCACCUUUAUUUCAUCGUACAACCACCUUCACAGCCACCAUGCGGUUUUCUCGCGACAACAUGACCCGCUUUUUCACUACCACCGCAGUCGGACGACUUGCAACAGCAGCGGCAUUUUUAAAGACCGUUUCCACCGCCCAGAGAACUCCCGCACAAGAAACCUCCGCUUUCCCAGAGGAGUUUGUGCCCGCGCAGCUGGCGAAGGUUUUGGACAAGUACUACGUCGAGAACCAGGACGCGGCGGCGGUUUUCCACUAUCCGAAACUGGUUUUUGCGGGACCCGCGGGUACGGUGGAGGCGAAGGCGGUGGACUUUUACCUGAAAAGGAACGUGAAAGACCUCCCACAAAAAGUCCUGAAAGCGUGGAACGAAAAGUGCGCGGCCAAAGCGGAGGAGGGCGGGAGUACUAUUGGUACUAGAACGGGAAAACCAUACAGCAGUGUGGUCUCGUCCAUUCACGGUACAACAAUUCCCCAACCGCUCGUGCAAGUUGAGUGGCUGGUCACUCCGCUACCCGGCGUCGCUGCGCUCGUUAGUCAGCCAGUAGUGCCGUCCUCUCUGCAGGCUGGAGUUGUUUCUGCAGUAGGACAAGUGAAAAAAACGAGUCCGGAUGUUCCGGCAACUACUACCGCCUGCGAAAGUCCAAGUUCCGGCACCAGGCCCAGUUCGCCAUUCACCGUGCACUUCGCCCCCGCGUACGACUCCUGCGUGGAUCUGCAAACCUUCCACCGUAACCUCCUCUGUUUCGACUACAGUGUGCCGAAUAAAGAGGAGAGGAAGCGGUUCACCGAGUGGUUGCUGAACGAAAAACUCGCGACGGCAGCAAACAGUGCCUCCUUGCGGCAAAAGUUCAACGACCUUUCAACCGCGGCGAUUGCGCAGCUGGUCGAGACCGUGUUCAAUCAUUUGACCUUGGACGAGAUCGAGUUGCUCUUCUUCGCGGCGCUAGCGGAGCAGGAGAAGAACGCCAGUCCCGGGGGUGUUCUGCUGCGACACUUCGAGAAGGCGAAGGAAGCACUGCAGUGGACGGAGGUUGGCUCGAAGAAGAGAAGAUCCGUCAUGUCUAUGUUUUCUUCACCCACGACCACCACUGAAGCUCUUUCGCAGCACCAAGACGCGACGUCGAGAUCAUGGGGAGAGCAAGUGGACGGCGUCGCAGAGCAGACUGCAUCUACUUCGGAGGAGAUGAAAAACAGCACGACUGUGUUGACCAAUGCCGCGAGCGAGAAUGCACUGUAUAUAUCACAAAGAGCUUCUACUUGAGUGUCAUACUAACUCGUCCGUGUGCAGGGAAAUUAAUAGAUAGGUACAUCUACCAGUGAGCAAAAGGAACGUAUUUCCGAGGAUAAAAGCGGCGGGCGGAUUCAAGAUGUUCUUCUUUUACACGAAACUGAUCAGGUUGAAGGAGCUGCUGCCGAGCUGGCUGCACUUUCCGCCGGUUGUGUGGGGCCUGUUCGUAUCAACUGUAAAAAUGUCUGGGUCUGGAAAAAUUCAUGUUUGUCAUGCUUGUCUGGCAUGACUCUUAAAUCUGUCAUGCACGUUACCCAAGAGCUCCGUUUUUCUGUGAUGCAAAAGCGCAGUUUGUCAUGCAGAAUAGGCAACACCUGAGAGCUCAGAAACUUCUCAUGCUGAGUCAGCAUUUGUAGCCUCAUCAUGAGACGCCCCCCAGCAUCACAAGUUCCCAGACCCAGACAUUUUUACUUUUGAUAGUUCGCUUUUGCGUUGAUCGCGCACUUCAUGACGCAGUACAUGUAUCAAAUGCAAAAAUGUCUGGGUCUGGAAGAAUGCGCGAUUUGUCAUGCAGCUUUUCCAUGCGCCAUGAGGUCUGGAAUGCAGGACCUAGCAUGACAGAUUCUAUGCGAUCUCUCUCAUGCCUGUCCUGCAUGAGAAACUCCCUCCCGACUUGGUCAGAACUGGACGACUUUUGGUAAUCAUGCAACGCAGAUUUUUGCAUGCUUCAGAUGUAGCAUGACAAGUUGCAUUCUUCCAGACCCAGACACUUUUGCACUUGAUAACAUGACGCACCGAACGAAGCAGCAUCGCGGCCCCAUGGCGGGGAAGGGAGGAGCCGCGGUAUCAAAUGUCAAAAUGUCUGGGUCUGGAAGAGUCAUGCUGUUUUUGCAUGACACAGAAGGUCUGGCAUGGAAGCUCUAGCAUCACAGGUUUCGAGAAGCUUCCGCAAUGCCGAAUCCGCAUGACAAGUCCCCUACUUUGCUGACAGAAAGUGUGCAGCUACUUUUGCUACGUAUGCAUGAGAGACUUUUCUGUGUUCUGAAAUACGCAUUACAAGUUGCAUUCUUCCAGACCCAGACAUUUUUGCAUUUGAUACGCGGCGCAGAGGAUCAACUCCAUGUUUCAGCAAGGCAAAGGCGGGCAUUUGCUGAAGGGGAAGAACGCCGGGAAUUCCAUGGAGGAACUCAGUAUCGGAGGGAGAGGACUCUUGGAAUCAACAGUGAGCUUCGUUCUUUCUGCGGUCAUGAGAAGAAGCGUAAACGUAUGGAUUCAUUUUCCGCAAUCGGUCGCAGCAGCGCUCGCGCUAAGUGGUUCGUUGGGGAUAUGACAGCACACCUAACCGCCGCUUCGCAGAACCCAUGAAUGAUCAGAAGUGUGGCUUGCUUGCUCGCAAAAAUACACAUUAUGUGGUUUAGGUUUUGUUGCACCACCUUCGAUAAUAAAUUUGAUUGAUUCAAGAGUUUUUUUUCCGCCAUACGCUUGAAGAUGGUCGGUAUGGACAACAAGGGCGGGAUUGGUGGCAAGGCGGACCUGCUGAACCUGAUGAAGGGCGCUGCUUCUAUGGGUCCCGGCGGGAAGCAGGCCGGUGCGACGGCGUUUCCCGGUGCAGUUCCCGAUUUCGGCAAGGGCGGGGGCGACUUCACGUUUGCAAACGGCAAUGGCGAGGAUGAUUUUGACUAUGACGACGAGGAGGAUUACGAGGUGCCGGCUAGUGGGGGAACUACAACAUCAGCAGCCCGGGAUAAAAAUCCCAAAGCGCCGGGAGGUAGUAAUACCAGUACAACUUCUAGUAGAGCGAAAAAUAUCAAUUCCGAGAAUUUGGGCAAGGGUAGUGGUACUACGAACAGCAACAGAGCUAAUCAGCUGCACCAGCAAAAUAAUAAAUCCGGUGACAAUUGGCAGGAGCAACUGGUGGAACUGCUUUCGGACCAGAACCUGGAUACAAAAAA